AUGUCAUUUAUUAAGGAAUUUUUCUUCCCUUCAAACAAAACUGAAGACCCAACAGCUGAUGAUUCAACCUCCACAACCAAAACAGAUCCAAUUGUAGAAGGAAUUUUCACUCCAAGAACUCUUUCAAAUUUCAAUGGACAUGAUGAUCCAAAGAUAUUCAUGGCAGUUAAAGGUACAGUGUAUGAUGUUAGUGCUGGUAGAUCUUUUUAUGGUCCAAGUGGUCCUUAUUCAAAUUUUGCAGGUCAUGAUGCUUCAAGAGAUAACAUAAGAGAAUUUCAUGAACCAAUAGAUCCUUUAGAUGAUUUAACUCCACAAGAUAAAGAAGCUUUAGAUGGAUGGGAAGAACAUUUCCAAAAGAAAUAUCCAGUCGUUGGUAAACUUGUACCAGGUAAUUGA